CCUAUUUUGUUGGUGUAAUUGACGGGCAAAUUAGUAAGUCGUAACGUAAAAAAAGUCAAUCGUUUUGAGUUUAGUAGAGAUUUGUAGUAUUUUUAAAUAACUGUGAAAUGGCAAAGAGAAAAAAUAAACCAUUAAUUGAUUCCGAUUCUAGCAGCGAAUGUUCCGACUUAGAUUCUCAAUUUCUAAACCUCGCUAAAAAGAAAAAGAAGCCAGGCGAAUCUCCACCCCCGUCUAAAUCCAAAGGCAAGUCGUCAGACAGUGAAUCAGACUGGGACGAUGAUGAUAAGAAAGAUGAUAAAUCAUCGUCAUCCUCCGGCUCAGAAUCCAACAGCGAUGCAAAAAGCGACACGUCGCGCAAGAAGGAGCCGGCGAGAUCGACACGCAAGAGCUCCUCUGAAGAGGAGCGGAGAAAAGCGGAGCAGAAGAGCGAAGUUAGGAAGAGUGUGGACAGCGUGGGAUCGGAGAAAAAGAAAGAUGUUUAUAGUGAACCAGAGGAGGGCGAAGUGUCUUCACAUUCGUCAGAUAAUGAUUCAAUCGACUCUGAGGAAGAAUUUGAUGAUGGAUACGACGAAAAUUUAAUGGGCGACGAGGAAGACAGAGCCAGGCUGGCCGCCAUGUCGGAGAAGGAGAGAGAACAGGAGAUAUUCAAACGUAUCGAACGGCGCGAUCUUAUGAAGACAAGAUGGGAGAUCGAGCGCAAGCUGCGGCUGGCGCGGCGCUCGGCGGCCGAGCGCGGCGCGUCGCCCGGCGAGCUGGCGCGCCGCCGCGAGCGCCGCAAGCAGCGCCGCGCCGCGCGCUCGCAGCGCGCCGCCCGCCCCGCGCGCCCCGCGCACCCCGCCCGCCCCUGCAUGCGGAUAGAACGGUGGGAAUCAGAUAUAGAGGAACCGAAAGAAGAAGAGACGUCGAAGGAGAAACCACCGCCCAGUCCGGGUGAAAUUGCUGAUGAUGGAAAGGAUUCAGGUGAGCAUAGCGGCGGGGGCGGGGGCGGGGGCGGGUCGCCGCUGUUCGGCGCGAAGAGCGAGCGCAAGCGCAACGUGGACGAGUCGCGCGUGAACGCGAUGGCGGCGCUGCGGGCGCAGCGGGACGCGCGCGCGCGCCUCAGCGAGCACCGCCUCAAGCGCCGCGAGGAGCAGCGCCGCCACACGGACGACGAUGCAGAUGCCGAAAUAAUCGGCGGCACGAGCAAGCAAAGUGUAAAGUUAAAAGCAUCUGAUAUUUACUCGGACGACUCGGGGAGCGAUUCGGAUGAUAAUAAAUCACAAGGCCGCCGCAGUUCCUCAUCAUCAUCGUCAUCAUCCGGUGAAGAGCCGGAGCCGAGGGAGCGGGAGCAGGAGGAAGUGAAAUACGCCGAUACUAGGGAACAAAUCAAUAAACUAAGACUUAGCAGAUUUAAAUUAGAAAGACUAGUCCAUUUGCCCUUCUUCGCUCGCGUGGUCACAGGGUGCUAUGUUAGAAUCGGUAUCGGAAAUAACAACGGCAACCCUGUAUAUAGAGUGGCCGAAAUAAUAGAUGUCUACGAAACGGCUAAAGUGUACAACUUGGGCAACACUAGGACGAAUAAGGGAUUGAAAUUGAGACACGGGACGCAGGACAGGGUGUUCCGCUUGGAAUUCGUCAGUAAUCAGGAGUUCACGGAGUCGGAGUUCCAGAAGUGGUUCAAGGCGAUCCGGGACGCGAGCAAGCGGCCGCCCACCAUGGACUUCGUGCGCAACAAGAUCGCCGAGGUGAAGGACGCGCUCAUGUACGAGUUCAAGGAAGAGGACGUGGAAAAGAUAGUUGCGGAGAAAGAAAGAUUCCGUUCGCAUCCCACCAACUACGCCAUGAAGAAGACACAGCUUAUGAAGGAGAGAGACGUCGCGCAAUUGAGAGGCGACGAGGAAUUGGUGAUGGAUCUGAACGCGAAAAUACAGGAGCUGGAGGAUCGAGCUAGCCAAUUGGACAAGACGAGAACGUCCUCCAUACAGAGCAUAUCGUACAUCAACAACAGGAACCGGAAGCUGAACGUGGAGACCGCGGAGAAGGCCAUCAUGGAAGAGAUAAAAGCGAAUAAAGGCAAAAAAACGGACGACCCAUUCACGCGGCGGCACACGAAGCCCGUGAUGAAUUUCAAAUCUCACCAGGGCGGGCGGAGUCAGGAGUUAGAGAAGAAUCAAGAGGAAGAAGCUGUGGCGCAGAAACAGAGGGAAGAAGAGAGCAAACUGAUAAAGGAGAGACAGGAGAAAGAGAGAUUGGCGCAGCAGAGCGAAGUGGAGAGGAGCAAGCCGAGGGAGAAGAGCGCGACGGACAGCAACAGUCUGUACUCUUUGCACGAUUUCGAUAUUAAUAUCGACAUCGACUUGCCCAUAGCCAGAGCGGUGACGAGCCAGCCGAAGCAGAUAACGACGAAGGUGAAGGAAACCGGCCCGAAGCGAUCGCUGAAUCUCGAAGAGUACAAGAAGAGACACGGCCUGAUAUAGUAUUGCUUCACUAGUGUAGGCGCGCGUGUUCGUUUGUUUCAUGGAAAAAAAAAAAAUUUUUUUUUUCAUUUUUUUUUGUUUU